AUGGUGAAGGUUCGCGCGUACGAGUUGCGAGGAAAGUCGCAGAAGGAGUUGGUGAAGCAACUGGAGGACUUGAAGAAGGAGCUUGCUCAACUCCGAGUCGCCAAGGUUACUGGCAGCGCCGCCUCGAAGCUGUCCAAGGUAACCGAGGUGCGCAAGGGCAUUGCGCGCGUGCUCACCGUCUACACUCAAAAGCAGAGAGAGGAGGCGCGGGCAGCCUUCAAGGGAAAGAAGUUCAUUCCCCAUGACCUUCGCACCAAGAAAACCCGCGCCAUCCGCCGCCGUAUGACGGCAUCCCAGACAAGGAAAAUGACCGUCAGGAAGAUGAAGCGCACUCAGAACGUCCCCAAGAGAAAGUUCGCCUUGAUUGCCUAA